ACAACGCCUCAUUGGUUACGGACACCUCACUUAUCUAGCUUACCGUAACACGCCUUUCUUACCUGGCCCCUCGGAAGGGACGGGCAGCUACAUCUCAGGCUCAGCCUCACUCAUUUCGCCUUGCUGUUGAUGCGCUAGAGCGGACAUUUGACGGGCUAAUAUCCUGCCCACAGGAGCCCGUUUUCCGUUGGCUCUUUUGUUCGACUCGGCAUCAGCAUUACUUCCGGACUCAUCUGUCACCAUGCUCGCCCUCCCGGGCCUGCGGGUCGCCCUCCCGAGGGGGUGCUCACGGAGGCUCGCGGUUCUCUGUCGACUGCAAGCCCCUGCGGCACAGUUCAGCACCAGGGCCCCCUCUCUCGUCGCGGCGCAAAGCAUAUUGUUCCGCCGCCGGCCUUCGAUAACCGCAACCCAACCAUGGCAAGCCACCACCACGCGCUCCUUCGUGACAACUGACCCCGCCCUACGACCGACCUUCUCCCUACCCGUAACCAGCCGACCCCUCUACGGACGACGACACCUCCGACACCAAAAGCUGCUCCACCAGCUCCGGCCCUUCUCGGUCCACCGCCCCCUCUUCCAGCACCACCAGCAGCAGAACAACGAAAACCGCGACAGCAACUACCGCGCCUACGACGCCGAUGACCUGCGCCGGCAAGUCCACCUCGCCCGCCUGCGCGACGCCAAGCCGCUGGUCCACUGGCGCGGGUGGCGCGCGGUGAACACGCCGUCGACGUACACGGUGGUAGCAGUGGCGGUGGCGGCCGCGCUGGCGUACUACUUCGCGCACCUGGAGACGGUACCCGUGUCGGGGCGGACGCGGUUCAACGCGUACGGGGCCGAGGCGGCGCGGCGGGCCGGCGAGGCCGAGCACGCGCGCCUGCUGUGGGAGCUGGAGCAGAAGGGCCUGCGCAUCCUGCCCGCGUGGGACCCGCGCGCGGCGCGGGUGCGCCGCGUCAUGCGCCGCCUCGUGCCCUUCAGCGGGCUGCGGGACGAGCAGUGGGAGGUGUUUGUUGUUGAGGACGACCGCACCGCCAACGCGGUUGUGCUGCCCGGCGGCAAGGUGUUUGUGUUUAGUGGCAUCCUGGGGCUCGCUGGGAACGAUAGCGGGCUGGCGACCGUGCUGGGCCACGAGAUCGCGCACAACCUGGCGGGGCAUCACGAGGAGAGGCUGAGCCAGAAUCUGGGCAGCGGGGUGCUGCUGUAUAGCCUGGUGAUCCUGGCUGGCGCGUUCGGCCUGGCGCCGAUCCUGAUGCACUACUUCGGCUCGAGCAUCUUGAACGUCGCGUUCGGCCUGCCCAUGAGCAGGCUGCAGGAGUCGGAGGCGGAUUACAUCGGGCUGAUGAUCAUGGCCGAGGCGUGCUACGAUCCGACCGAGGCGGUGAGGUUCUGGGCGAGGAUGGAGAGGGCCAUGGGCGAGGACGCGCUGCCCGAGUGGAUGGGCACCCAUCCGACGAAUGCCAACAGGAUACGGAAGAUCCAGGAGUGGUUGCCCAAGGCCCUGGAGAAGCGCGCGCAGAGCGACUGCAGCUCGACUACGGCGUUUGCGGACCUCUUCAGACAGGCGCUGCGCACCGGGCAUAUUGUCAUUACAGGAUAAGGUGGCCGGGAGAGGCGUGUGCAUUUAGGGAGCGCGGAGUUAGGGUUGGCGUAGGUUUCGGGAUACAGGGCGGGGAUACUGCUUGGUUAGCAUCUAGCGGCGCGGAUGGUUUUGUACAUAUAUAUACAUGCCAUGAGCGGAAACGGUGACGGGCAUGUCUCG